AUGGCACGACGAUGGUAUGAUCAACGACAUACAACGAUUGAGAGGUUAUCAAUGGAAAACAUGCAGCUCUGGCUGGAAGCUAUGGACUUCUCUAAAGUGCACACUUUAUCAAUCGAGUAUGGAGGUAUUAAGCCGGAAGGAAACGGUUUACUCGUUGACCUUCCCCCAGCAUUGACAAGUCUCGAAAAUCUCUCUAUCCAGGGCCGGUGGUUAAAUUGGCGAACAUAUCUUGCCGAGUGGGAAGCUGCUCCUGAACCAUUACCCAAGAACAAAUGGUCUUCUUCGCCGCCCCCUCCAGCACGCAAUUUCAUCUUGGCACUACCUCAAACAUUGAAGAAGUUCACCUGGAAAGAAAGUGAAACAGUCCAAGAGGAUAUAUUUGACUCUGUUUUGAAGCAUCAUGGAGCCUCGCUACAACAUCUAGAGUGGACAAACCAUGAGAGAGGAUUCAAACCCAGACCAAUAUUGUCUGAGGAUCAGCUCCGCAGUCUGGGAAAAUGGGCACCUGGUUUGACCAGUGCCACCAUUGAUCUUGAACGAAGAAAUGGGACCUUGCCGCAAGAUGAGUUGAACAUUCUUGCUGAGACUUUACCCAAAUUGACAAGGCUGGUUGUUAACUUAAACUUGCUGGAGGAAGGGCUACUAAUGAACAAUACUGGCUAUGGAGAUAAGAUGAAACAUGCAUCAGAUUCAGUUUUAGACGUAGAAGAAGGUCUUGGCUUAUUUCAAGGUCUAAGAAAGGCCAAGGUUGGCGAAAGGUUGGUUAAUGUCGAGUUCCGUCAGGGUGAAUGGACUGAUGAUUGGCCUUUUGGAGAAGGUCUUUGGGAGGAUAGAUAUUGGGUCAGGUGUUGGUUGGCUGAAAAGGAUGGGGGACUAGAGGCGAGGUGUAAAUCGGGACGUGAGAACGCCUUUGACGCUGACUUCUGA